CUCCUCCCCGCCUCGUCCAUUCCUCAGGACGCGCCUGUUGAAUGCAUUAAGAGGCGAGGAGGCCGGGCUUGGAAGCGAGGCUUCUCCCUCGCGCUCGGGCGGCCGCUUUUGCCCGUCCCAGAGACGUCAUGGGAGGGAGGUAUAAAAUUUCAAGCCAGGGGAGCCGAGAGGCAGAGUGUGCCGAGGAGAAGGAGGAGGAGGAGGAGAAGGCGCCCCAAGAAGGACGAGGAGGAGGAGAAAGGGGGCAACUGAUGGCUGGCUGGGAAAUCCAGGUUGGCCCCUGAAGCGUCGUCGAAAGAAGAAGAAUUUGGGAAAGAGAGAGCCCGUUUUCCUCUCUGAAGCGCAUACAGAGUCCUUGUCUCUUGCGGGAAUGGCCCCUCAGAGUCCGCGCAGGGGCUCUCUUGAAAGCCCGACCAAUGCCUCCUGAGCGGCUGAGGAGCAGAGCCACCCCGUUCCCCGAAAUCCCCCCAUGGAGAGGGAGCCCAGAGCCCCGCUGCUCCUCCUCCUCCUGCUCCUUGUAGGCGCUCCUCGCCCUCCGAAGAUGCCCCAGCGAAGAUGCCUGCUGCUGCUCGUGGGGCUCCUGAGCCUGGCCUCGGCCGCCCUGGCGCUCUCCUCCUGCACCACGCUGGACCUGGAGCACGUCAAGAGGAAGCGGGUGGAGGCCAUCCGCGGGCAGAUCCUCAGCAAGCUGCGCCUCACCAGCCCCCCGGAGGCCCUGGGCCCCAGCCACGUCCCCUACCAGGUCCUGGCCCUCUACAACAGCACCCGGGAGCUCCUGGAGGAGAUGGAGGAGGAGAAGAAGAAGGAGCAGGAGGAGGAGGAGAGCUGCGCCCAGGACAACACCGACACCCAGUACUACGCCAAGGAAGUCCACAAGUUCGACAUGAUCCAGGGCUCCCCCGAGCACAAUGAACUGACUUACUGCCCCAAAGGUGUGACUUCCAAUCUGUUCCGCUUCAAUGUGUCCUCGGCAGAAAAGAACAGCACCAACCUCUUCCGAGCUGAAUUUCGGGUUUUGCGAAUACCGAACCCCAAUGCCAAACGCACAGAGCAGCGUAUUGAACUUUUUCAGAUCCUGAAGCCUGAUGAGUACAUUGCAAAACAGCGCUACCUCAGUGGCCGGAACGUGAUGACGAGGGGCUCCCCAGAGUGGCUCUCCUUUGAUGUCACAGAGACUGUGCGUGAAUGGCUGUUGCACAGAGAAUCAAAUCUGGGCCUGGAGAUCAGCAUUCAUUGCCCAUGCAACACCUUCCAGUCCAAUGGUGUCAUUCUGGAGAACUUGAAUGAAGUGCUGGAGAUUAGAUUCAAAGGCAUCGACAGCGAGGAAAGCCAUGGGCGAGGAGAUCUGGGGAGUCUGAAGAAGCAGAAGAGCCUUCACAACCCACACUUGAUCUUGAUGAUGCUGCCCCCACACAGGCUUGGAAGCCCAGCCUCAAGAAGCCAGAGGAAGAAACGGGCCCUAGACACCAAUUACUGCUUUCGAAACCUGGAGGAGAACUGCUGUGUGCGCCGUCUCUACAUCGACUUCCGGCAAGACCUGGGCUGGAAGUGGGUCCAUGAGCCUAAGGGCUACUUUGCAAACUUCUGCUCUGGACCUUGCCCGUACCUCCGCAGUGCAGACACAACUCACAGUACGGUGCUUGGCCUCUACAACACGCUGAACCCGGAAGCAUCUGCUUCUCCUUGCUGUGUGCCUCAGGAUCUGGAGCCCCUCACCAUCCUGUACUAUGUUGGAAGGACCCCUAAAGUGGAGCAGCUCUCCAAUAUGGUGGUGAAAUCCUGCAAAUGCAGCUGAAAGGGACCCGGCACCACCUGCAGCUGGGAAAUUGCAGUGACCCAACCUCUGCUGCCAAAAAGGGUAACACAACAAAACAGAACAUAGACAAGAACUGCUUGGAGAAGGAGCAGUAUCAUCCAGUCUGUUCACACUGUGAGCCAGGAGAAUCUACCUACUCUGGAUUCUUACACCUGAAAAGCAGGAUAUCCCUAUGUCUUCCUGGCUUUCUCUGGGAGAUCUUUUUGCAGUUUGGAGGCUUUGGGAGGCGAAGAUGCAUAACUGGCUAGACAUUUACUGGACAAGGGCAACCAAAUGAGGAGAAUCCCACUUAAGGAGAUAACCAUUAGCAGAACUGUGGACAGAUAAAAGGAGACAUGAAGAAACAUGUGUUCUUAGAAAGCUGACUAUCAUGGAAGUAAUAGUUCUGCAGAGAGAGAGGAUGCUGGAUGAAUCUAUGGUCCAGACUGCUCAAAAGGGACCAUUGAGAGAGUACCUGUUGCCACGAUUCCAACAAAGGUGAAUUCUUCCACAGCUUCUCCCUCCACCCUGAAGGAUAUCAGUCUUUUGGGUCUGAGGAGGCACUUUGGCCAUUUUUUUUUGCCUCAACCUAGUCUUCUUGGGUGGUGAUCUUCGGAGGAGCCUGUAUUUGUUGUGCAGGUUGAGGUAUCUGCACAUCUGUUGCACAAGGACCUCGCCCAGGCCACACCUGUCCAAGGUUUUAUUAAAAAAAAGCAUUAAUCUCAAAUAUUAUAAAAAUAAAUAUUUUUUGGAAAUUGGA